AUGACGGCGCGGCCGCGCCGGGCCCGCGCCGGGCGCCGGGUCCACUCAGUGAGGCUCGGCACUGCGGUCACGGUGAUUGACCUUGUCAAAGGUGUUCUCAUGCUGGCUGUUGGGAUGAUGGAGUCUAUGAAGUCCAAGUUCGAUGGCAGGAGCAGGGAGGUCAUCAUGGCUGCAAAAGGCAAUGACAUGUCUAGCGUCUAUCGAGGUCCACUCCCUUCAUGGAUCCACGAACAUCGCUUUCUCCUCUUCUUCGGUGCUUCCGCUGUUAUUGGGAUGAUGAUGUCUUUCACGAAGCAGUGUCUGAUCAGACGCAGGCUCAGACGACUCGAUUACAUCCGCCCGGGAUGCGGCGUUAAAUUCCAGAGCACGAGGGGAACGUGGAUGGUUUCACAAGUCUCGAGUGAAGGCGCUCUCAAGGGAGGUGUAGCGGAAGGUGACCUCCUGCUGGAUGUUGAUGGAAUGGAUGUUCGCAAUCGGCGGAUGAUAUCCAAGUACCUCCGCGGUGCGCCGUGGAGCAAGGUCAGGUUGAGACUCAAGAGGAGCACGACUGGGGAAAUCUACGAUGCUUUGUUGGAUAGGGUGCCAAAGCAGGAUCCGAAAGAUUCAAAGUCCGAGAAGAAAAACCAAUAG